GUCAAAUAAACUCUUCUUUUAUCAUGAAACUAUUCUUUUAUAAUAACAAUAAGAUAAUCGAAUCGAAGAGCACCAAAUAAAUUCUAUCAAUAUAGAAAUCAGCCGAAUUUUCAAAGGAAUUUUAGAAGAGGAAUUUUCAUUCUUUAAAAAAAGAAUUAAAUUGAAACAUUUCCAGUUAAUGGUUAUAUUCUCGCAACGACAGCAUCGUGCCAUCGCUUUCCUCUGUCAUUAUACAAGUGCAAGUCGUUUAGAACUUGUUCACGUUUUGCAAAUAAUUGCGAUUACUGAAAGGUAAAUAAAACGUAAUCGAAUGUUGCACGAAUGAUCACGAUGAUGGAAAAAGUACGAAGAUAUGAGAAAAUUGACUUCUUGGGCGAAGGGCAGUUUGCCACAGUUUAUAAAGCCAGGGAUAUAGAAACAAAUAACAUUGUAGCUGUAAAAAAGAUUAAGGUGGGUAGUCGAGCAGAAGCCAGAGAUGGUAUAAAUCGAACUGCCUUGCGCGAGAUCAAGCUGUUGCAAGAACUAAAGCACGACAAUAUCAUCGGUCUGUUGGAUGUUUUCGGCCAUAAGUCAAAUGUGUCAUUGGUAUUUGACUUCAUGGAUACUGAUCUGGAAGUGAUAAUAAAAGAUAACAAUAUUGUUCUAACUGCAGCUAAUAUCAAGGCAUAUAUGAUCCAGACCCUGCAAGGCUUAGAUUAUCUCCAUUUUAACUGGAUACUCCAUAGGGAUUUAAAGCCAAACAAUUUAUUAGUUAAUUCAGAGGGUGUUCUGAAGAUUGGGGACUUUGGUUUAGCAAAAUUCUUCGGGUCGCCUAAUCGGAUAAAUACUCAUCAAGUGGUUACAAGGUGGUACAGAGCGCCCGAGUUACUUUAUGGUGCUAGACUUUAUGGUACCGCGAUUGACAUGUGGGCAGUGGGUUGUAUAUUGGCCGAGCUUCUGCUGCGAGUACCGUUUCUGCCUGGUGAAUCUGACUUGGAUCAGCUCACAAGGAUAUUUCAGACAUUAGGAACUCCUACGGAAGAAACAUGGCCGGGGAUGAUUGAAUUGCCGGAUUUUAUUCAAUUCAAGCCCUUCCCCGGGACACCGUUGAAGCACAUAUUCACUGCUGCCGGUGAUGACCUUCUAGAUCUAAUCGCUAGCCUGUUAAAUGUGAAUCCGCUGGAAAGAUGUACGUGCGAUCAAGCGCUGCAGAUGCCGUAUUUCAGUAACAAGCCCGCUCCAACGCCCGGGCCCAAGUUACCUUUGCCCUCAGUUAUUAAACAGCAGCCGGAAGAAAGGCCGAGUCUGAAGAGGAAAUUGCUAGAAUCAGCAGACGGCGUUUCGUUAGCCAAACGGCUACAGUUUUAACGAUGACUGAUAUUAGAAAAAAUGGAAAUGGGUUCCGAUAUUGUCAUCAAAAUUCUUCCGAAACAUCAGUCAAAAAUCCCGUCGUAUUUCAUCCGCAAUGGCAAGUUCGGGAGGAUUAGAGGAAUAGAUAUCUCUAGUCUGAUACUGCAAAUAGUGUAUCACAUCGCGAUGAACAAUUUUGUACGGUAAAAGUAUUACAUAUUACUUAAAUUUUCACAAUAAUGAUAUAUACUCUUGUAUCUGUACUCGUAUGUGUAUGUUUAUACGCAUACAAGGAGCAUACAACAAAACGAAUCUAAUAAUCUGAUAAAAACAAUAUAUUUCCAAUAGAAAUUAAUGCGACAGUUCACGUUUGAACAUAUCACGCAGGUGUCUCGCGACAAUAAUAGUGAUAAUCCAUGUGCGAGUGAAUAAGGAAGAACGGAGUGAGAGUGUACAAUGAGUAGCAAUAAUAACGUAUGUACGUAUGUUAAAAAGUACAACGUUGCGUUGUUAGUUUUAUUAAUUUAAAAACGCGCGAGAAACCCCGAUGGUUAAUUGUUGAACGGUUUUGUAGACUGAGAUGUUCGAUUUUUGAAUAGUGAUACGAAAGCGUCGAUUAGGCUAGUCACAAAUCGCUGAAGCGUCAACAGGUGAUCAACCGCGAUACCUCCGCACACUGCGUUAAUUCAAUAGUGCACACGACCGUAUCGUUAAAGCCCAUGAUGCCGUUAAAAGAUAAACAGUAAGAAGAUUGACGAAUCACAGUCGAUUAUUCUCCUUGUGCUUGAAGAAUAAUCAACUGUGAAUGGUCAAUUUUCUUACUCCUUACGUUUCUGUACGCGCCAUGGGCCCAAUAUUGGUGUUUCGAUCAAUAUUUCGAGGAAAUGAAAGGGGAAAAAUGAAAUAAGUUACAAACACUACUCGAAAACUUAUGAUUUGUGAAAAAGUCGAUGAAUUUUGAUCAGAGGGCAGCAUUUCGUUAAGUCCGUGGUUCUGUUGGAAAUAAUGUUCCUAUUAUAUUGAUUGAUUGCGUCUCUCUCUCUCUCUCUUUCUUUCGAAAGUCUAUGAACGUAUACUCGAUUCCAAUAUAAGGUAAACAUCCCAAUGAUUGAACAUACAUGUUUCAAUGAUUGGAAUAUUAUUGACGUAUUUUUCUUUAUUAAAAUGCUUUUCACUAUACAGAACAAUAUAAUAAAUGAAGAGAAAUGUUUCGUUAGUCUGUGAUUUUGUUUCAUUUAUUUAUUGAUAGGCAUCUUAAUAAACACAUAUAUAUUAUUAAUAUUUCGAUCAUUGGGACACGUUCAAUUACCGGGACGUUUGCCUCAUUUAUUAAAAUGAAUUUUCCCACUGCCCGUAAUGCGGUUGAAAAGGGGAUAACUUUUCAUAAAAAAAAAAAACAAGCGAGAGAUGCACAGUGAGAUGUUCUUUCACGAAGAGCCGCCCCCUUCUCGGUGGAAUCACCAAACCACGAGACACACUGCGUACACUACAUACGCUACAUGUGUAUCCAUACUGCAAAUAAAUACUGUUGUGCAACGAAAGUACAAUUAGUACAAGAUCAUUCUUAAUUUAUUAUGUUAUCAAUGCACAUAUCAACAUGAGUCGGCCGUGUUCGGACUUCUGACGAACGGAAAAAUCCAUCUCCCCCCCCUCCGUCACCCGCUCCGUCUGUCGACGUUAUACACGUAAAACGCAAAACGGAUGCCUUAAAUUUAACGACAGGCCGCGCGAAAAGCCGGGCGAAAUUAUAUACCUUACAUAUCUUACGUACGAAGCGCAACUUAGACAGGUGACAGGUGCAUUUGAAUACUGAAGCGAUACUUGAGACGCCUAAGUAUCUCAUGUGUGUAUGUGUGUGUGAGUGUAUAUAUAUAUGUGUAUGUGUAUACGCGUCUUGUCUUCUUCCCGACCCGUUUAUUAAACUCGAUGCAAAAGCAAAGUUUUGCAAAAUAAUCCGCACAACUUGUCCAUUUUAUUUCAUUUUAUGAACUGCGUCCGGAGAUUACGGCCAUCGUUUAAUUUACAUAUAAAUAUACAUCGACUCUCGUGAGAUUAUUUAAAUCUGACGAAGCACAUUAUCCUUUUUCCCCUUUUUGCCUUUAUUUACACGUUUCUCUUUUCAUACGCGACGCGCUCUGUCGGCUAUAUUACAGAUAUUACAAGUAUACCUUCUUCGUUUCUUUAGACCAGUAUCACGAACAUCUUGAACAUAACGCGGAUAAACGGACAAACGGAGUGCGCGAGAGUUUCCUUGAUGAAAAGGAGGACUCAAUCGACAUUCGUAGAAGCAAUCUCGAGAAGCGUCGUAAUAAAAGUGUGUAAAUAAUAAGUUUACGUUAAAAACGUAUUGUACUUGUGGUCCCCUUCAUUCAGAUUCAACUAUAAGUAACACCUACGCGAAAUUUUCUCCGUACGAUUCAACGGCAAUUGCUCCUAUAACUGUACGUGCUAGUAUUAGCAUUUAAACAUCGAAAUCCUCAGGAAAGUAAUAGAGAAAACGCAAUGACCGAUGAGGAAGCGAACGUAGCGAUCGGGUGAGAUCAGUUUCGGACGAAGGAUGAAACACCCUCGACUAGCCCGAUUUCUCAUUUUCUAGUUAAAUUGCAGACUUAUAAACUGAUGAUAAUACAAAAAUUGUGUUCUUCUAUUUGCGGUUAAUCAUUAAACUGAUCCCAGGAAGCACAAUGUCUAAAAUCGAGACAUAAGACGUCUUGAAGAUAUCUUUGCAGUAUUUUGUGUUUCUAAUGUCUGAAGAACGCCUUUGAGACGUCCUAUCCCGAUUUUAGACAUUGCGUUGUCCGGGAUGUAGUGGUAACUUUUAAGGUCCAAUGAUUAAACGUGAAUAGAAAAACAUAAUUUUUACAUUAUCGUCAGGUUAAACCUAAACCACGAGCUAACCGGAAAAUGAAAAACCAGGUCUGUGUGUGAUCAUACGCGUUAUCGAGAUGAAUUGUGUUUUUUUUUUUCGUGAAACGUUAAAAUAUCGUGAUUUAAGCAGAAAAAUUGUGCGAGAACAUGGAAUAACGAGGAAUCUUUCCUGUAACGGUUGCGCCCGCUGACCGGAAAUCUUAUCUCGUUAAAUCAAAUGUAACGGCGCGGAAGCAAUGCAGCCAGUGUGCCGAAACGUAUCAUCAUCGGUACGUCGAUGGAAUUAUCUCGUGUUUAGAUGUUUUCAUGUGUGUAACUAAGAAUUACGAUAGGGAUUAAAGUAUGCUACUACUCGAUAUCGCAAUCAUCUUCCUAUUUCUUGCUCUCUACCUCUACGCGUAUUACAACAUAUAUUAUAUAAUUUCGCGAUCAUAUUAGACUCCAUUAGCGCGUACAUUGUACAAGGAACACCUUAAAUUGUAAUGUUGAUUUACGUAAGAUGCGCCUCUGCAUGGCUCUAUCGUGCGAUACGUUAAUCCUAAUAAUCUUAACACCGAUAGAAAGAAAUUGACUUGAGAAAACGGUAUAUAAAAACACUGAAAAAAGUCUCUAUAAAGAAAAAAAGGUAAAAAUAUAUCAACAAGGAAAUAUCCCGUGGAGAAACAGUGUGCCAGAAAGAAACGAUAGUUUUGAAUACAUGCGAUGAGAAGAACUAAAUUACUGAAAGAUUAUUGUUUAUUUCAGGCGAGAGAUAUUCAAAUAACGCAAAGAUAUAAUUGAUACUAUUUAGCGAUCACAUAUAAUAUAAUGCGUAUUCGUAUUAUAUUUAACUGUUCGCAUUAUUGUCAUAUACUAGUAUCUCAUAAAGAACGCGUAACAAGUGAGAAACCGUUUUGAAGAAAUGUUUACGGAAAAAGUGUGCACAAACUGCUAUGAGAAAAUACAGUUACGCAAAACUAUACUGAAGGUACAAGUAAAUUAUUAUUAUUAUUAUCAUUACGUGUGUUCGGAAUUCCGUGUGUGUCCCGGCCGAUUGCUGUUUGAUUCACGUAAUCAGUAGUAGAGCACAUGCAGCGGACCGAUACACUUCGCUUCCAAAUUUGAUUCAGCAUUUGAAUUGUAACAUACAUAUAACAGUUUAUGCAACCAACAACAUUUUAUGACUACGUUAUAACUCUUAUCCGUCUUACGUUAAGUAAGCACAUCGAUUGUUAAUUUUACCAAGAUCUUCAAAUAAUAUCUGUGUAUUUCUUCUUUCUUCCUUUUCUCACGUAUACAACGAACAGAGAGAGAGAGAGAGAGAGAGAGAGAUACCAGACGCCAGUAGAAGACACUCGAGUCCUUUUUUUAGCACAGAAAAUAAAAGUUAAUCACUCGGUAUGUCCGAAAUAUAUACAGGAGUAACGUAAAACAUCAAAUUAUGUCGGAAUCUCGAAUCAAUUUCACAAGCAAAAUCGUCACCCGUAUUCGGCAAACUAACGUACGUCGCAUUAACCAUCUCGCACAAAUCAUAAUCAAAGGACUGCUUAUUGUAGCGCAAAGUAUUUUACCAAGCCAGACAUGUGCGUACAAAUCAACCUCGAGAAAAAUCUAGGCUGUGCAUUUUCUUAUAUAUGACCGUAUAAACUUACUUUUUUCCCAUGUAUAUGAAGAAAAAACACGUUUAUACAUGCGUCAAUAUAAAGAAGUUACCGUGAUAGCACGGUUGUAUAAUAUUGACGAAAUAUUUAUACAAUUCCAGCCUCCUCGUUUUUAGUUUAUAAAUAUGUGUCAAAUUAUAUGUAUUAUAUAUAUAUUUUUUUUCAGUCCAUUUAUAUGACUAUUGGUAAGUAUCUUAUCUUCACCAUGCAAAAGUCGUUCGAUAAUACCUUAUUACGUGGUUUGUAAGCUUUGUUUUACAGAAAUACAUGAAAUCGUCACGAAAGCUUAAAGACAAUCUAUCUUUUGCAGCGAGUUAUAUGCGGCUUGUACGAAAUUUACCAAAUGAUUUGACCACUAUCUCACCAGGGUUGGGAAGUAAUACAUUACUUGUAACGUCGUUAUCAGUUAUCUUUUUUUAAUAAUAACUCCGUGUUAUUUUUCUCUGUUAGUAAUGAUAAUGAUAACGUAAUUACAUUUUUGUGUAACAGCAAUGAAUAUAAUCGUUACUUCACGUACAUGUAGAAUAUGUCCAUAUAGGAUGGGCAAUGGCAAAUUGGAAAGAGACGUCUCCAAAGCUUGGUGAGAAAAGUAACGGGAAUUGUAACGACUCGUGAACGACCUCGGAUUAGUUUUAAAAAGUAACUUCCAACCCUGCUGAUUUUACCGACGAGCAACUGCAAUUUUCUCAAGAAUGUAACAUUUGCGAGAAAUUCAACGUUAUAUGAUAAGCAAAAUGACAAAAACUGCAGAAACUUGUUCGAAAGAAAUCAUUUUUGUAUUGCAAACGUUUCUUUCCCCCUCCCUUUUUUUUUUCAACGAGCACAUAUAUGCGAUACAAAAAGAAGAGAUUAUGUUGUACACAACCACUGAAUGUAUAUCUGUCUUUGAAUAUGUGUUUGAAAUUAAUAAUUUAAAGUAAAUACGCUUUUUAUUCACAUAGAAGACGAAGUGUACAUCACAUAUAAUCAAACGUAAACCGGUAACGUAAACCAAUGAGAUUUUACAGGAGCUCAUCACGCUCUUUGUGUAAGUGUGUAUACGUGUAUAGUUCGACGAUUAGGCACAACGUUCAAAAGCAAAACGAAAUCCUAUGUCCUCCCCCGUUUUAAAUGAUAAUUUGAUUGUGGAACAUUACUUUCCCCGCGCACAGACUCUAUUUCUCCCUAACUUCACAUUGUUGUAAUAUUAAAAGUAGAAAUACAUACUCCAUUGUUGCUACUGUGUUUUUUUUCUUCUUUUACUUUAAUAUUAUAUGUAUUCAGUAGUCAGUCCAAGGCAAACUUCAUUCGCGAUAGUGUAAUACAAUAUAGCUACUAUCUUCGUAUUUCUUUAGAUCGAUCUAUCUAUAUAUUACUUUCUUUUAAAAAAUGUAUAUAUACUUAACAUUUAAUAUAAUAUAUAUAUCUCUUUAAAAUAUUUACAAUCAAUGCGCGCUAUAGUACAAUAUUUUAAUCGUUUGUUGUAUUAAUGUUUUAUAAAGGCAAUUAUGAAUGUAACUAUCAUCCUUACCGUAAUAGUAUAUCGUGUAAACGUGUUUUUUUUUGUUUUUACAAUAAUCAUGUUCGCACUAGGUUAAUUAUAUGAUACAAGGUAGGAUAUUACAAGACUUUUGACACCUCUAUGCAAUACUUCUAUAUAUAUGUACACAAGGAGUGCAUGACAACGCGAAUUAUUUCUUCCACCGUUAUUGCAUAACCGUUAUCCUCGUGCUAACGUUUCCGGGGGAAAAAAAAGAAAAAAAAAACGGGUCGAAAGUUAUCCACAGAAUAUUGCGAAUACUAAAAUGCCGAAUAUAUAUUUGUUUUCCCCCCCAAUUAUUCGGGGUUCCAAUUAUUUAGCGAGAGAAAUGCCCUGUAAAUUACACGGCAUAACCGACAAUUUUGCGUGUCGUUUCUAUAAAUUAACAUCUCAUCGAUAAUACGCGUAAGUAAGUAACUGUAAUCUCUAUUCGAUUAUCAGAUGUUUGAAAACAAACGUUAUAAUUGUAGAUCAAAUUGACGGAAAAUGUACAUUUCGCUGCAUUUUCUCUUAAUACUUGCUUCCAACGUUGUUUCUAUAUGAGAAUAUACGAAAUAAAAAAAUAUAUAUAGUUGCUGUUUUUUUCUUGUUUUCGAGACUUUCAUUGAACAAAAUAUCAUACAGUGUGCGAAUAUUCAAGAUCAUUUUCAUAUAUACGAAAAUUUCACAGUAACAAUUGAAAACAUAAAUCUAUAUUGUAGCAUAAGCUAUUUUUCCAUACGGCAUAGAACAUAUAUUACUAUUUACGUACAUAAUUAUGCGGCCAAAAUGUUAAAUCAAAUAUAUGCGUGCUCCGCACGUUUAUUCAAUAAGUGUGCAAAAAUAUAGCUGAGAAAUGAUUGAACACGUGAGUACGUAACAUUUAAGUCAUAAACUGUAAUGGAUGCAUAAAUGCUCAACAGUGAUGUAUAGACGUAAAUAGCGUAUGCUACUUCUAUUGUAGUAGUGUAACUCAAUGUAUCCCACUGGAAUCCAUUGCGUUAAAGAUACACACGCAUCAACAAAGUUAUUUCUGCAUUUAUUUCAACAUUUAUCACUAUCGUUGUUCAUAGGCAUACGUUGUAGAUCACAAUAGGGGUUCUAAUUGUUCAAGAAAUUUUGCCCUUACUUGAUAUAAUUCAAGAUAUCUCUAAUAUUUCUGAAGAAUAAAGAGAGAGAGAGAGAGAGAGAGAGAGAGAGAGAGAGAGAGAG